UGUCUGCGAUUGCGUCAAAUAAGUCAUGUCUUGAUGUAAAUGACAAUACUUUAAAAAUUCAAAUCAAAUGCUGUGGUAAAAGACAUGUGAAGAGCAGUCUAUCGUUUAAAUGUCAAAACAUGUGAUUUAUUGCAUUAGAAGUGGUUUGAGACCACUUUUUAGUGAUUCUUUGAUCAAUUGUUGUCGUUUGUGGUCAAAGCCAUCAUUUUCUUCAUAUACUUGUCAUAGAGUCAGUAGUCGACGCCAAGAGGUUUCUACUAAUGAUGUCAAUAAAGAAGUGGACAAAGUUUUAAUUGAUGCCAACUAUCAAGAGUUGGUGCCACCAAAUUGGCAGACAAUCGGCGACAAACAGAAAGUGCUGUUAAUAAUGCCGAGACAGAAGUGGGGACACAAAGAAAUGGACAUCAAUUAUGCCAAGAAUUUGAUGAACGAGACAAUAGCUUUAGUUAAUACUCUGCCAAAUAUGAAAGUUAUUGAUUCAGUUAUGAUAUCAACUCUUGAUUUAAGAAGUAAACGAAUGUUCGGUUCAGGAAAUCUCGAGCUCUUGAAGAAGAGAGUUAUGGCUAAUCCUAACAUUACUGCUGUUGUCUUCUCGAUAGAAAUGUUAAAAGCCAUACAAAUGUCUGAAAUGGAGUCACAGUUAGGCGUAAAUAUUUACGAUCGAUACUCAAUUGUACUGAAUAUCUUCAAAUCUCAGGCCAACACCAAAGAAGCUAAAUUACAGAUAGCUUUGGCUGAAAUACCAUAUAUCAGGAAGAAUUUAAGAGCUCUCGAGAACACAAGAAACACUAGAGAUAAGAGUUGGCUUAAAGUGACCGGAGGUAUGGGUCAGACAUUGUUUGAAGUCAGAAAAAAAAUUCUCAUUGAAAGAGAAAUUAAAUUAAAGAAACUCUUAGAUAAAAUUGAAUCCAAUCGAAAAAUAUUAAGACAAAACAGAGAACGAAAACAAUAUCCUGUGAUUGCUAUCAUCGGUUACACCAAUUCAGGCAAAACAUCACUUAUUAAAGCCUUAACUCAUGACGAAAAGUUAACCCCAAAGAACCAAUUGUUUGCCACAUUGGAUGUGACUGUUCACGAGGGAAGGUUGCCUUCAAGUGUCAAAGUAUUGUUUACUGACACCAUUGGCUUUAUAUCCGAUAUCCCAACCGCUUUAAUCCAUUCAUUUAAAGCCACUUUAAGUGAAAUAUGUUUCGCUGAUAUCAUUGUUCACGUUCUUGACAUAAGUCAUCCCAAUUAUAAACUACACGAACAGGUUGUUAGUCAAACAUUGGAUGAAAUUCAAGUGCCAGAGAAACUGAAAAAUAGUAUCAUCGAAGUGGCAAAUAAAGUGGAUUUAGUCACUGAUAAAAAUAUUGUAGACAAUUGUAAUAAAUUAUUAGUAUCGGCCACUCAGAGGAUUGGUUUCACUCAAUUGUUGAGUGUUAUCGAGAAACAGGUCAUUGAAAACACCAAAAGAUUAGACAAAACACUUCGCGUUGCUAACGGAGGGCCUGAAUAUCAAUGGCUUUACAAAGAGGCGGCAAUUCGUGAGUUAAAUGUCGACUCAAAUGAUUACAAUUUCUUGAUUUUGAAAGUUUUUAUAACGAAUGAAAUGUUUGAUAAAUUUAAUCAUAUAUUUAGUGGCAGUUUUGAUGACAUUAAAUAAGUAAUUAUUAAUUUAUAAUUUAUGGCACUUUUACUUUUUAAACUAUUGAUUGGCAUU